UCUUUAUUUGUUUAUUGCAGUCAGUUCUAUACAGUUAUGAAGAUACUAUAAAAGGAUUUUCUUUUUUGGUUUUUGCUCAAUUAUUUAUAAUACCUACUUGCCUUUUUUUAUCGGAUAUAUGAUCAACAAUCAACUCCCUUUCCCUCUCAUCUUUUACAUUUAUGAUCAACAACCAAACACGACGCCAUCGUUGAUUUUUUUUUUCCAAACUGUUUUUCUUCAUCUCGUGUGGGUAGUCUUGAACUCAGGUGAAAAUGGGGAUUAUAGAGAGGAUUAAAGAAAUUGAAGCCGAGAUGGCUCGAACCCAGAAAAACAAGGCCACAGAGUACCAUCUCGGUCAGCUCAAGGCAAAGAUUGCAAAGCUAAGGACACAAUUACUAGAGCCACCGAAAGGUUCUAGUGGAGGUGGAGAGGGUUUUGAAGUUACAAAAUUUGGUCAUGGACGCGUUGCACUAAUAGGAUUUCCAAGUGUGGGGAAAUCAACCCUUUUAACAAUGUUAACAGGAACUCAUUCAGAAGCCGCAUCUUAUGAGUUCACAACACUUACAUGCAUUCCUGGUAUCAUACAUUACAAUGAUACUAAGAUUCAACUGCUUGAUCUUCCUGGAAUUAUUGAAGGUGCUUCUGAAGGCAAGGGACGUGGGCGGCAGGUUAUUGCAGUUGCCAAGUCAUCAGAUCUUGUGCUUAUGGUUCUUGAUGCCUCUAAAAGUGAGGGUCAUCGCCAGAUAUUAACCAAGGAACUGGAAGCUGUGGGUUUGCGUUUAAACAAGAGACCACCUCAAAUAUAUUUCAAAAAGAAAAAAACUGGAGGAAUCUCUUUCAACAGCACUUUACCUUUAACUCAUGUAGAUGAGAAACUUUGUUAUCAAAUUCUACAUGAAUACAAAAUUCACAAUGCGGAGGUUCUAUUUCGUGAGGAUGCCACAGUGGAUGAUCUUAUAGAUGUAAUAGAAGGAAACCGCAAGUACAUUAAGUGUGUAUAUGUUUACAACAAGAUAGAUGUCAUCGGUAUCGAUGAUGUGGAUAAGUUAGCUCAGCAGCCAAAUUCUGUUGUCAUAAGCUGCAAUCUGAAGCUGAACUUAGAUAGACUACUUACGAAGAUGUGGGAAGAGAUGGGGCUUGUGAGAAUAUAUACAAAACCACAAGGCCAGCAACCUGAUUUCACUGAUCCUGUGGUUCUUUCUGCUGAUAGGGGUGGCUGCACAGUGGAAGACUUCUGUAAUCAUAUUCAUAGGAGUUUGAUAAAGGAUGUCAAAUACGUUCUAGUCUGGGGUACAAGUGCAAGGCACUACCCUCAACAUUGUGGCCUUGGGCAUGUUUUGCAGGAUGAAGAUGUCGUUCAGAUCGUCAAGAAAAAGGAAAAAGAGGAUGGAGGGAGAGGCCGCUUCAAAUCACAUUCAACAGCUCCAGCUCGAAUAUCUGAUAGAGAGAAAAAGGCUCCCUUGAAGACCUAACCAUGUGCCCAUGUUCGUUACUCAGGAAAAGAAGUCGAGGGGUGGAAGUAAAAGAGAUGAUUUGUUCUCCUUAAUCAAGCACUAAAGAUCAAGUUUGAUUUGUUCUUCUUUUCAAAUUCCUCCCUCCCAUUAACAGACCCCUUUUUCUUCUCUGGAUUCUAUUUCUACUUGCAGCUGUAUUUCAUAUGUACUUGGAUGCAAAUUUUGGUCUUUGCACUAUAAACCAUUAUUCUAAACUUAGUUUGAUUCUAUAUCACCCAUGA